AUGGGUUUCGAUGUUCUCUUUGAGUUUAAAAAGCGUACUAUAGAUAAAGUAGAAGCUGCCUAAAGAAAUAUUUAAUGGAAAACUGUGAAUGAUCCAAAGAAGGAAGUCUUAAAUCAAAUGUGGAAUAUCAUUAAUGAUAUGGCUAGUCUUGUUACCGAUCAAUCUUUUAUUGAAUUGGUUGAGAGAUACAAACGUGAAAUAGGUUACAAGGAUCCCUAAUUGGAUGAAGUUAAGAGGCUUGGACUUAUUAAGCAAGAAAACGUCAAUCUUUUGAAAGAUCAGUUCUAAUAUCAACUUAAUAAAGUAAAGCUUGAGCAAAAGCUUCAUAACUAGGAAAAUCUUGAGGCUCUUGCGAAACUUGGAACGAAAAUUGAGAUAUUGAAAAAUUAGGAUGGAAAUAUUAAUUCAGAAAUUCAUUAAAAUGUUGUAUCUAUUAAGGAUCAAACUUCUAACAUUAUGUCAGAAAUCGAUUUGAUAAAGAAUAUGCUGCAAAACCAAGAACUAAAAAAUAGAUUGACUUUUAAAAUUACAAAAGAUGCGAUAGAGCGAUCUAAAUCGAUUGCAGCAGCCCAUUAAUUUGAAGAAGAAAAAGACUACUUAAAAUCAGAUGAAUCAAUUUUAAAUGAUUUCAAAGUUGAAAGAAUCACAUAAGUAAUUAAUGAAGCAAUAUAAAAGUAUGGUGAUCAAGCCUCAGCCUAUCUAAAUCCGAGAGAGAUACUUGAUUUCUUAAAAUCUAUAAAUAGCGAGGAAAUAGAGCAGCAUAGCCAAUUAAGACUCAGGGAAGCAUAGUUUUAGAGUUCAAGAAAACAGGAAUUUAUUUCUUCAAUAAAAUAAUACUGA